CAAAAUCGCUUCAAAGGAUAUUUGAAUCUACUACAGAUAGAUCUUUAAAAUACGUGAAAAGAUUAUUAUCCGCUGUGUAUUUUAACUUUUUUGGUUCUUUUUCUACACUAAACCUGGUCACACCGUUAAAGAUCCUAAACCAUACCACAGAAGAGAGUAGACUCCUCACAUGCAUUGUGUAUUCUCCUCAGCUGAGUUGCGAGACAGAUCCUUCCACAACCCCUCCGAAAAAAAUCUGAAAACAUGAAUGGACUGCCAACUACAAACAGAGCGCGUGUUUUGCACCCUCCGCGUGGUCGAAAAGGAGAAGAGAGUUAGCAACGCGUUCAACUGCAAAAGGGGGUUGUAGGUGAUGCGGAAAAUGAGCAUGUGGUUGAGAAAAUCCUACAUCCCUUCCAUUGCGUAUGUGUAUAAGUGUCGUGAGGGGUUGAAAUGAAAAGCGCUGGCGACGCCUGGCGAUCAAUCUCGGAAUCUUUUCGCCAUAAUGUUUUCGAGUUUUUUCACUCAAAUCUAGUAAUAUAGAUUUUGCCUUAAAAUUAUUAAAAAAGUACUAUUUAAACUAGUUUAACCGAAUUAAAACUACUUUUAAAGCUAGGCGUACGGUCGAGUAAAUGCGUUCGCGUAGAAAUUAAUUCGCUAUAGCUUUCAAAUGAACAUCUGAUGAAGCAUGGUUAAAAUGGCCUCAACGGAAGAGCAGGAUAGGAAAAUAGUACUGGAGUUCUGCCACCUGUUGGAGAAGUCGAAGCAGCUCUUCAACGGGCUGCGCGAUCUCCCCCAAUAUGGGCACCGGCAGUGGCAGGCUUACUUCGGGCGCACUUUUGACGUGUACACAAAGCUGUGGAAGUUCCAACAGCAACAUAGGCUAGUCCUAGAUUCUAAGUACGGAUUGAAGCGAUGGCAAAUCGGUGAAAUAGCUAGUAAAAUUGGGCAACUCUAUUAUCAUUACUAUCUUAGAACGAGUGAAACAAAUUAUCUCAAUGAAGCAUAUUCGUUUUAUGCGGCAAUCAGAGGGCGUGCCUAUUACUCCCGGGCAAUCAAGGAGGACCGGCCGGAUCUGAUGGUUAAAAAAUUACGUUACUAUGCUAGAUUUAUUGUUGUUUGUUUAUUGUUGAAAAAGAUGAAGCUAGUGAGAGAAUUAGUUAUUGAAUUAGAGCGACAAAUACAGGAAUACACGACAACCUACGAGCCCGAGGAUCAGCUCGAAUGGUCACUCGUGUUGGACGAGAUCAAGGGAUUCAUCAAAGCGGAAGCGGCAGUAGCGGUAUUGCAUGCAGACUCCAAUCCAAUCGUGUUAUCGCACAGUGGUUCUGGUUCUAGGUUGAGUCCCCUGACGACGCCGCCCUGCGAGAGGACGCCGCACAUGACCCUCAGUCUGCAGGAGAUACUGAUCGUCGGGUCUGCCUGUGAGCAGGCCAAGUUCUCCGAGCUGACGAUGGAUAUGUUUAGAAUGCUACAAACACUGGAAAGGGAACCAACUGAAUCGAUGCAUCCUCUUGCCGGUCAUCCAAUGGUGACGCAUGGAGGACCACACGAUGCCAGUCCUGCAGCCAGCAGAAUGCCACCAUAUGGAGUUCCAGGGUCCAAAGGUUACGUGGAAAACGGCGACCGACGAGGAAUGCGUGAUAACCCACAUAAAUAUCUGCUCUACAAACCAUCGCUCAGUCAGCUAAUGGUGUUUCUAUCGAGUGGCUUCAAGGAACUGCCGCCUGGUGGAGCUCUUUUGCUUUACAUGUCAGCCGAUGGAUGUUUCUCGACUACGAAGCAUCCACAGGACUACGGAUACGAACUAGGUGGAUUGGCGACGAGCGUUAAACGCGAUGCGGUCGAUGGAGGACUAGCCGUGAGGGGCAAGUCUAGUGCAGGCUAUAAAGAACCACAUUGUCUCUACCCGGGAGACCUGUAUCCAUACACACGGAGACCACUGUUUAUAAUAAUAGACUCGGAUAACUCAUUUGUGUUCCAACAUAUACCAAGGUACUUUGGUCAGCCACUUGUGAUAUUGAUGUCACCCCAGGAUGUUCCUGCAAAUUUCCAAGGAAUGAAUUUGCAGCAUCAUGGUUCUCUGUUUACUCUGUUCCUCCACUCUCCGAUGACUGCGCUGUGCUACAUCUGCAAUGUUGGAGACGUCCCGAUCCACCAUUGGGAGCGAUGUCAAAACUAUGUCGAUCGAUUCGUGACGGAAGCGUCACGGUUAGUAACGAGGUGUCGAAUGGAUGAGAUCGAACAGGGAAUAGGGUACAUCGACUCAUCCUAUGUACAGUUCUUUGGGGAUGACUUUUUACGGACGCUCAUCUUACGAUUUGUAUUUUGUGAUGUGACCCUGCGGUUACAUCGAGGGUUCCGAGGACGACAUCAAAGGCCACGAUGUGAACCUCCUCUGCCGAGUGCGGAACUGUUGGAGCACCCGUCCUUGGCACACAUAAUUCUACAAUUGGCUUCGGCAUUAGACGUCAGGGGACACUUUGUCGAGGGUCCCGAAGGCGAUUGAUGGAGAAAGUCCUGGGAUCGUAAAGUCAUCGACGAAUCCAGCCGAACCAAUGAACUCAGUUGCGACGUGCUGCUACUGACGCUACUAUUGAUGGCUGGCGUGCAACAACUGCAACGUGAGAUUAGCGGUAAGCAUGAAACUUCCAAUGCCUGUCCAUCGGCGGCAUGCAGCAGGAUUGUGUUCAAACUAUUCAAACACGUCAUUAGUGAAGCGACUGAUGGUGGUGGUGAUCGUAUGAAAUGUUGUCACGAGUUGCAGUGCUACGCUAGAACGCUUUUUAUGAUUUGAGCAUAAUCAGCAGACCAUGGAACAAAGUGCAUCGCACCCUUAAUAUAGCAGCAGUAUGGAUAGUAAAAGCAAACAAAAGUAUAGAUUCGACACAGCGGAGGCUUUGUUACCUUUUUCUAUUUAUUUUAUGUAUGUUUACAGCUUUUUAUGCUACUUGUUGUUACAUAUACACUAUAAUAGAGCGGAAUGAAGUCGUAUAACGGAUUGCGUAUUUUAUACAUUCUCU